AUGGAGAAGCACCGGCUGCUUCCACCACAUUGGCGGGAGAGGUCACUACGGGACCACUGUGCGUGGGCUCGGAGGACUCCUGAGGCCUCUGUGACGCUGCCCCCACCUUCGUCACAUCGGCAUGACUACGUCGCAAAAGGGCCGACCGCCCACCACGGAGCCCAACGACGGGCCGAGGCAGAGCUUUUGUACAAGCCUGCACGACGCCAGCUGUACGCCGUCACUACAACCAAAUAUGUGUACCCAAGCACCAAAGACGACGACACCCCUGACAACAAGCGAGAUAACGCAGGCGACACCUAUGAGCACGAAACCUUCACCACCCACCCGGCGCCCUGUAGCUCCUACGACCACCCCUACCACUACCACUACCACCACCACCACUACCACAUGUCUGGGUGGCAAUCGAUGCCGGGCCUCCGGCGUGCGAGGCGAGCCCGCUUUCCCGACGCCACGCUGGCUCCACGCUCCUGCCUGGCUGAAUAUCGGCCUUCAAAUCCCGAUUACGUGAAGAAAAACAUCACUGGCCUGCUUUGCCACACCGUGGUGGAUAGCUACCUCAAGUUUGCGGUGCCGGCGGGUUGCGACUUCUUCAUCGCCGAUGUCAGCAUCGCUGUUCCAACGAGGCACCCACGAUACUGGCCGUACAUGGCCACCGUCAACCUCAAAAGUGCUACGCAGAAGCAGGCGGUGAUGCAACGGAUGCAGCUGGCGCCGGGCAAGGGCCUCAUCCUGAUGGUGAACCGCAGCGCACUGCGGCCUAAGAAUCCCCAGGCACGGCCGCAAGCCAUCGUGCGCGGAAUCCUCCAAAUCGUGACCGACAUUAACGCCGACGGCGUCGGGCUCACCGACCAAAGCUUGCGGGAGAGCGACGUCCAGGAGGUCAGGUCCGAUGCCGACAUAUUGUCGGACGAGAUGCGACAAUACCAUGGUCUCUACAGGCACGAAUCGUACACCGGAUCCUACAAAGGAUUCAAAGAUCUCAUCACGCACGUUGCAAUGAAAUCUUCACUCGUCUUCGUAUACAGAGUCUUUGGUCGCGCGACAUACUUCUCAGCUCCGUACUACACCAACUUCUUUAUGGAGAAAAAGAACGACACACCAGUGAGUGAGUACAUCAAGCAAGAGGUCAUCGUCCCGCUAUCGCAGAAGCAAGGCAACAAGGCUGUCGCCCUCUCCAUGUCGCUGCGGGUUCGCAAGUGCGCCAAGUACUCCCUGGACGGAGACCAGCCUCCCAAGUGCACUGAGUUGCCUCUAGACUUCCAGCACAUCUGCGACAUAAGCACAGCGAACUUCGAGUGCCAUUUUUAUUCGUUGAUGACUAGGCGCUGGAAGGGGGGAUUGGACGAAGACCUCACUGACAUCCAUUUUUUCGAAGUUGAAGAAACCGUUUCGAGGAAGGCCCGUCUAAUGGCUGACCAGCUGAAGAAGGCUGGAAUUAAGACGAUCGGCAUCAUUGUCGAGCAUUACGAAUAUGACGCGGACAAAACUGUCAUGACUUAUUCACACGACAAGCAACGGAACGUUUCGUGCAAGGUGACCCCGUUUGGCAUCACCAAUCGCACGAAGGCGCAACUGGGCAAAGUCCUCUAGUUUCGUACUGCGGAAAGACGACGUCCACCUGGUUGGAGAGUGCGCCCUUCAACUGUGUGCUUCAGAUUCAGCCUCAAGGAGGUUACAGUCCUGUGCUGCACGGUCAACUCUUCAUUUUUUUUUAUCUUCCCACCUAGGCUCAAUAGCGCCUAGUUUUGCCACAUGAUUUUAGAGUGGCCGUUUUUGAACAUUCUACUUGGACGUUCAUCAGUAUUUUUUUUUUCAUCUAGGACUUUAUUGAAUGUGUUUAUCCUUAGAACGUACGUUGUUCGCUUUGUCUGGACCACAUCCAAGAUGUCAGCAAAAAUGAAUGAAAGAGGUUAUGACCUUGCUUGACCAUAUGUUAAUACCGAAAUAUGCCAAAGCCAAAGUCGAAGUAUGUUAUUUAGGCAUCGGAAAACGGUUGCCUAGGAGGCAGACAUAAAGACAUAAUUAAUGCCUGGUCAUGCAUUUUAAUGUUGCAACUCAGUUUGUUUUGGUUAGUCACUAACAAACCAAAGCGGGUCGGUCGACUUCGCUUACACAUUUUGCGACAACCACAACCAUCUCCCCGUGCGUUGCACUCCACUGCGUAGCUCAUGGCACGGAGCGGAAUCGGUGCUGAAAACAAAAUGCUGAAAACACCUUUUUGCGCCAUUGAAUUGCAAUUCUUUCUUUGAGCUAAUUAUUUAAAGCACUGACACACACAAACGAAAGCCGAUGCCAUUUUCUUCUCCAGCCCUCGCCCGCUUUCGGUAGC